UCACUUCUUCCCCAUCUCGGUUUGAGUUUUUAUUUAUCUUUAUUGUUAUUAUUGGUCGUAUCGGAGUCGUUGUUUUGACGGCGGCGCUGUUCCGUUCUUCUGUCAGAUUGCGGUGAUAACCGGAGAGUGGAAGUUGCGAAAAGUUUUUCCUCCUGCAUCUCGUUGGACUUAAACUUGCUUAGCAUAAACGUGAGCGGUGAAAGAGAACAGCUGACUAAACAUCCCGAAGAAGCGAUCAAGAGAGGAUUUGCGGAAGUGCUUGCCUGUGAGGUCACUACCGGCUGCGCGAGAAGCUGAAAAAAUAAAACAAAAAUGCAGCAACAAACCACGACGGAUGGAAACCCAGCUCAGGGUGGACAAGCCGAAAACGAGCCAGACGAAAUGGAGCGUGAUUUGGCCGAGGACGCAGUGUGGAAGAGAAUUCAGCAAAACACCUUCACGAGAUGGGCAAACGAACAUCUCAAAACCGUGAACAAAACUAUUACAAACCUAGAAACUGAUUUAUCGGACGGUUUGCGUUUGAUAGCACUAGUUGAAGUUCUUUCUGGCCGGCGGCUUCCCAAGCACAAUGCGCGCCCAAAUUUUCGUUCUCAGAAAUUGGAAAAUGUGUCUGUUGCUCUGAAGUUUUUGGAAGUAGACGAAGGGAUUAAAAUUGUAAAUAUAGAUAGUACAGAUAUUGUAGAUUGCAAAUUAAAACUUAUCCUUGGUUUAAUAUGGACACUUAUUCUUCAUUAUUCUAUUUCCCUUCCUAUGUGGGAGGGAGAAGAAGGAGAUUCAGUAUUUGACAAGAAAGGUGGGCCAUCACCAAAACAGAGGUUACUUGGCUGGAUUCAGAGUAAACUCCCUGACUUGCCUAUUAAUAAUUUUAAUUCUGACUGGAAUGAUGGCCGAGCUGUUGCUGCUUUGGUGGAUGCUCUUGCUCCAGGUUUAUGCCCAGACUGGUGUGACAUGAAGCCUGAAAAUGCUUUACAGAAUGCUAAAGAAGCUAUGAAUCUUGCUGAUAAUUGGUUGGGUAUUCCACAAUUGGUGAAACCAGAGGAAAUGGUCAAUCCUAAUGUAGAUGAUCUUUCAAUGAUGACCUACCUUUCACAAUAUCCUAAGGCUGAGCUGAAACCAGGUGCACCAUUGAGACCUAGGACUAAUCCCAACAGAGUACGAUGCUAUGGACCUGGAAUUGAGCCAACUGGAGUUAAUGUUGGUGCACCUACUAUGUUUACUAUUGAAACUUUUAGCGCAGGCAAAGGCAAAGUUGAAGUUCUUAUUGAAAAUCCCAAAGGGAAACUUGAACCAGUGGAAAUUAAGUUCAAUGAUGACAGAAGUAAAACAUAUACUGUAACUUAUACUGCUAAAAUUGAAGGUCUGCAUAAGGUUAAAGUUCUGUUUGCUGGCAAAGAAGUACCAAAGAGUCCUUUCAAUGUGAUGGUUGAAGGACAUGCUGGAGAUCCAGCCAAAGUUACAGCUUCUGGUCCAGGUUUAGAACCAACUGGUGUUAUGGUUGGAAAACCAACAUAUUUUGAUAUAUUUACCAAAGAUGCUGGACGUGGCCAAGUUGAAGUAAUAAUACUUGAUCCCAAAGGAAACAGAAAUACUGUUCCUUGUAGAAUUCGCAAGACUGAAGAUAAUGUUUAUAGAUGUGAAUAUGUGGCUCAAACCACAGGAAUGCAUUCUGUAAAUGUAUUCUUUGCUGGCCAACAGAUACCAAAAAGUCCAUUUGGUGUUAAAGUUACACCAGUUUGUGAUGCUCGUAAAGUUAAAGCAGUUGGUAGAGGAUUGCAGAAAAAUGGCAUUCGUGUUAAAGAUAUCGCAGACUUCAAGAUAUUCACUGAAAAUGCUGGAAAUGGAGUAUUGGAUGUUAAAGUUAUUGGGCCAGGUGGUGUGCAAGAAAAGCUUGACAUUCGUAAAGUAAAUGAACAUACUUAUGAAUGUGCAUAUUAUCCUAAUAAAGAAGGCCGUUAUAUAGUUACUAUAUCAUAUGGAGGACAGGAAAUAUUCAAAAGCCCAUAUGAAGUUAAUGUUGGACCAUACAAAGAAUCUCGAAUCAGAGUUUAUGGGCCAGGAUUAUAUGGUGGAGUUGUUGGAUAUCCUGCUCGUUUUACUGCUGAAACAAAUGGAGAAACUGGAACCCUUGGCUUUCUAGUUGAAGGUCCAUCUCAUGCAGACAUAAAAUGUUAUGAUAAUGGUGAUGGGUCUGCAGAUGUAGAAUACCUUCCAACUGCUCCUGGAGAAUAUGCUGUACAUAUAUUGUGUAAUGAUGAAGACAUUCCUAAGUCUCCAUAUAUGGCCCAAAUAUUGCCAAAAACAGAUUAUUUUCCAGAAAAGGUUGAAGCUUAUGGUCCUGGCUUGCAACCAAAAGGUGUUAUACAAGGUCAACCCACUGAAUUUACUAUUGACUGUCGAAAAGCAGGGGGCCAGGCUCCACUUGAUGUCAGUGUCAUGGAUGAAGACUGUAAACCAGUGGAAAUUAAAGUCCAGGAUAACAAAGAUGGCACAUUUAAAGCCUCAUAUCGCCCAACUAAAAAUAAUAAGCAUACUGUCCAAGUAAAUUAUGGUGCAGUUGCCAUACCAAAAAGUCCCUUCAGAGUCCAUGUUGGCGAACCAACAGAUACGAAUAAAGUGAAGAUUUUUGGACCUGGAGUUGAACCUGGUGUGAAAGCUCAAGUACCAACGCAUUUUAAUAUUGACUGCCGGGGAGCUGGAACAGGGAAUGUUCAAGCGAAACUGACAGAUGAAAAAGGCACUCUUGUUCCUGUCCAAAUUCUAGACAAUGAGGAUGGAACUUAUUCAGUUGAUUAUGUAGCUCCUACACCAGGGAAUUAUAAGGUUUCUGUGGCAUUUGCUGGAAAGGAAGUUCCUAACAGUCCAAUUAAAGUAAAAGUAGAACCACAGGUAGAUGUUAGUAAAAUAAAGGUGGAUGGCCUAGAACCAACGGCUCCUAUAAACUCCCUGCAACAAUUCAGAGUGAUAACCAAAGGUGCUGGUGUCAACCAAGCUGAUUUUGCUGUCUCUAUAACCAGUCCUUCAGGCCGUCGAGUAAAAGCACACAUCAUUCCUACUGCAGAAGGUUUUCUAGUCAACUUUACUCCAACAGAACUGGGUCAUUAUUUACUGAGCAUAUCAUUUGGUGGAAUUCCUCUGACACCUUCUCCUUACUGUUUGAUGUGCAUGUCCAACGCUGAUUCAAGCAAAGUUCUGGCAUAUGGCCCUGGUCUUGAUCAAGGACUUGUAAAUAGGCCAGCUGAAUUUAUUGUUGAUACAAGAGGUGCAGGUCAUGGAAACUUGGGGAUAACUAUUGAAGGUCCAUGUGAGGCAGCUAUUAAUUGCAAGGACAAUGGUGAUGGCACUUGUUCAGUUGCUUAUUUCCCAACUGAGGUGGGAGAAUAUAUCAUCAACAUCGCCUAUGACAGACAUCACAUACAAGGAUCACCAUUUGUUGCCCUCAUCACAUCUGAUGUGGACGUCUGGAAGAUCAGAGUACUGGGAAAUGGCAUCCAGCCCCAGGGUGUAUUUAUUGAUUCGCCAACCGACUUUAUUGUUGAUGCUAGAGCUGUAUCAAAAAGAAGUGAUGCAAAAGUGCAGUGUACUAUCAUUAAUCCAUCAGGAACUAGGACAGAUUCAUUUGUUCAAAGCCUGAAUGAUGGAACUUACAAAAUUUGUUAUACACCAUUUGAAGAAGGUCCACACAAAAUAGAUAUUACCUAUGAUGGUUUGCCAGUACCUGGAAGUCCUUUUAAAGUUAAUGUGAUGAGAGGUUGUGAUCCUAGAAAAGUUAAGGCAUUUGGUCCAGGCUUGGAACAGGCAAUUGUAAAUCAGACAAAUACAUUCACUGUAGAAACAAAGGGAGCUGGAAGAGGUGGUCUUGGUCUUGUAAUUGAAGGACCAGUUGAGCCAAAAAUGACAUGUAGGGAUAAUAGGGAUGGUUCUUGUACUGUUGAAUAUUUCCCUGUUGAAGUUGGAAUGCAUGAAAUAGAAGUGAAAUAUGCUGAUCAACAUGUUCCAGGAAGUCCCUUUAAAGUAAUGUGCACAGCCAGUGUAGAUGCUAGUAAAGUUGUUGCACAUGGGCCUGGCAUAGAACCCAAUCAGUGUCGAGCUGGUAGACCUCUUCCUUUUACUGUAGAUGCCAGGAAGUCUGGAAAAGCACCACUUGAUGUCCAAGUAUCUUCAGAUAAAGGUCCUCUGCCCACAAAACCAGAAAUUAGAGAUAAUGGAAAUGGGACAUAUGAUGUUUCCUACCUGCCACCUCCAGAAGGUAGUAAAUGUAAUGUUAAAGUUACUUAUGGUGGAAAAGACAUUCCUGGAAGUCCCUUCCAAAUGAAAGUGAAGCCUGCUGUCGAACCAAAAAAUGUAAAACUUUCAGGGCCUGGAUUACAAAACAAAGUACCAGCAAGUAUUCCUGUUGAAUUCACAAUUGAUACUAGAGAAGCUGGUCAUGCUGAACCUGAAGUUGCUAUUAAGAGACCCGAUGGUAAGCCACUGAAAGCAACUGUUGUGAAUAAUCAUGAUGGUACUUAUAAAGUAAAAUAUGUUCCUGAAGAUGUUGGGCCCCAUAAAGUUUCUGUGAAAUAUGGUGGGCAAGAGGUUCCAAAUUCUCCUAUUACUGUUAACAGUUAUGCUGUUGGUCAUGCUGAAAAAUGUAAAAUAACAGAGGGUAUUCAGGAGAAGGUUGCUAUUGGUGAGGAAUACUGCAUUACUGUUAAUGCAGAUCAAGCUGGAACUGGUGCAGUUACUUGUCAUAUUACUAGUACUAACACAACCAGUGAUGUGGAUAUCAAAGUUGAAGAUAAUGGUGAUGGGACCUUCUCAAUUUUCUAUUCUGUCAAAGAAGUUGGGGAUUAUACCAUAAGUGUGAAAUUUGGUGGUAAUCCUGUACCUGGUGGCAGUUUUUCAACAAAGGCUGUCACUGAAGAAGUUCAUAAGAAGACUAUCACAAAAACUCAUACUACCCAAACAAGAACAACUCAGUUUAGAAGUGUUGAAUUACAUAGUAUUGUUAUUCCACCUGGUAAAGGGCAAAUAACUGCUGAAGUUAAAAUGCCAUCUGGAAAAUAUGAUAAACCAGUUGUAAUAGAUAAUCAAGAUGGUACUAUUUCCAUCAAAUAUGAUCCGAAAGAGGAGGGCUUACAUGAAUUACAUGUGAAAUAUAAUCAAGAACAUAUACCAGGAAGUCCCUUCAAAAUUUUUGUCGAUACAAUUUCAAGUGGUUUUGUCACAGCACAUGGACCAGGCUUAAGUCGUGGUGUAGCUGGAGAACCAGCUAAUUUUACCAUUUAUACAAAAGAGGCUGGUGCUGGUGGUCUGGAUGUAGCUGUACAAGGACCAUCACAAGCAGAAAUCACAUGUCACGAUAACAAAGAUGGUACAGUUGCAGUUAAUUAUCUUCCUGCUGCCCCAGGUGAAUAUACAAUCUCUGUAAAGUUUGCUGGUAAACAUAUUAAAGGCAGUCCAUUCACAGCCAAAAUCACUGGAGAAGGACGGAAAAGGAACCAAAUAUCUGUUGGUCAUUCGAGUGAAGUAUCACUUAAAGUUCAAGAAAAGGAUGCUAGGAAUCUAAACGCCAGCAUUGUUUCACCGUCAGGGUUAGAAGAGCCUUGUUUCCUGAAAACACUGCCCAAUGGACACUUAGGUAUAUCAUUUACUCCACGUGAAGCUGGUGAGCACUUGGUGAAUGUGAAGAGAACUGGAAAUCAUAUUCAAGGUAGUCCUUUCAAGAUCAAUGUUCUGGAUAGAGAAAUAGGAGAUGCAUCCAAGGUGAAAGUUAUUGGAAAUGCUAUAAAAGAGGGCAAGACACAUACUGCCAAUGAAUUCACCAUUGAUACUAGAGAAGCUGGUUUUGGUGGUCUCAGUCUCUCAGUUGAAGGACCUAGUAAAGCUGAUAUUCAAUGCAAAGAUAAUGAAAAUGGAACAUUAACUGUAAGUUAUAAGCCUACUGAACCUGGAUACUAUAUAGUAAAUCUGAAGUUUGCUGAUCAUCAUGUUCCAGGUAGUCCCUUUACUGUAAGAGUAGUAGGUGAGGGUUCAAAUAUCCAAAGAGAAUUCAUUAAGAAGCAAAGGGAGUCUGUCCCCGUUGCAGAUGUUGGAAAUGAGUGUAAACUUACCUUCAGGCUUCCAGGUUCAAGUGCUUUUGACAUGUCUGCAAAAGUUACAUCUCCUUCUGGCGUAUCAGAUGAUGCUGUUAUUACAGAUUUGGAUGACUGUUUAUACUGUGUUCAAUUUGUACCAAAAGAAGUAGGAGUACACACUGUAAGUGUCCGAUGCAAGGAUAUACAUAUACCUGGAUCACCAUUUCAAUUCACUGUUGGACCCUUCAGAGACCAUGGAGCCCAUCGUGUCCAUGCUGGUGGUCCUGGUUUGUUGAGAGGAAGCACAGGUGAAACAUGUGAGUUUAAUGUUUGGACUCGAGAAGCUGGUGCAGGAAGUCUUGCAAUAUCUGUAGAGGGUCCUUCAAAAGCAGAUAUUGAUUUUAAAGACUGCAAAGAUGGUUCCUGUUUUGUAACAUACAAAGUAUCUGAACCAGGUGAUUAUAGAGUGGGAAUUAAAUUUAAUGAGCAGCACAUACCAGACAGUCCUUUCCAUGUGUAUAUUAUGCCACCAGCUGGUGAUGCAGCCAAGAUUGAGCUAGGAGAAAUUCCAGAGGCACAAGUGAAUAAGCCUUUGACACUGGCAAUUGUUAUGAAUGGAGCUAAAGGAAACUUGGAUGGCAAGGUCAUAACACCAUCUGGUACUGAAGAUGAUUGCUUCAUUGCACCACUUGAUGCAGAUCAGUGGGCUUUACGUUUUAUACCACGAGAGAAUGGUAUUCAUCUAAUUCAUAUUCGUUGUGAUGGUAUUCAUAUCCCUCAGAGUCCAUUCCGCUUGCGUGUUGGUGUUGAUGAUGCAGAUCCUGCUGCAGUUCAUGCUUAUGGCCAAGGUCUUAAAGAAGCUAAGUCAGGUACAAAGAUGGACUUUAUUGUUGACACUUGCAGUGCUGGUACUGGUACACUAGCAGUUACUAUAGACGGCCCUUCAAAAGUAUCGAUGGAUUGUACUGAAGUGGAAGAAGGCUACAAAGUUCGUUAUACCCCUCUGGCUCCAGGCGAUUAUUUCAUAACUGUGAAAUAUAAUGGUUAUCACAUAAGCGGUAGUCCAUUUAAAGUUUCAUGUACAGGUAGUGCAGUGACUGAUAUUGGAGCUAAAGAACAAUCCUCUGUAGUUGUUGAAACAGUUGCAAAACAAGCCAAGCAAAAAGCUGAGAGCUUACCUAGGUUUAAAUCUGAUGCUAAUAAAGCAACAUGCAAAGGUAUUGGACUAAAGCGAGGUCAUGCAAACAAACCUAGCCAAUUUACUGUUAAUUGUGCAGAUGCAGGAAAAAAUAUUUUGUACUGUGCUGUAUAUGGGCCUAAAGGUCCAUGUGAUGAAGUACAUGUUAAGCACAUAGGACGAGAUAUGUACCAAGUGAGUUACACAGCAAAAGAAAGAGGUGAUCAUAUUAUCAUUGUGAAGUAUGGUGAUGAUCACAUCCCUGGAAGUCCAUUUAAAGUAGAAGUAGUAUAGUUUUAUAAAAAUAAAGAGAGGACUGAAACUUUUUUUUUUUUUUUUCAAACUUCGGUAUUGUUUUUUCUUCAGGCUCGAAGUUUGAAUAGAUCUGUUCUUUUUUUUUUUUUUUGUUUUUAAUUAAUGUUGCCAAAUGAUUCAUUGUUAGGGGGGAUUUGCUCAUUGAGUAGGUGUACUGUUGUCUUCCAUACUUUUCCUUCAAGUGGAGACUGACCAUGUAUGUCAUGUUUAGAAUAUUGAUAUUUUUUUCCUGUAAUUCAGAAAGAUAAUCUUUCAAUUUCCAUGGCUGCUGCAUUAUGCAUUGGAAUAUUAUAUUACUUGAAUCUUUUAGCAUUGAAAGCUUUUUUAUUGUCUUUUAUGAAAUAUGGGAAACAAAUAUUCUAAAGUCUUAAUUGAUGCAUCGAUAAUUAUGUUUUGUGUAAAAACAUGUCUGAAUGAUUAUGCAUCUCAAAUCAUAUUGAAAUUACAUAUUCAUAUUUGAAUUCUUUAGUCAUAUCUAAAAGAAAAAAAAAAUCGCAUUUUAAAAAAUUUAUCUAUUAAAAUAUUAACCCUACCUUGUACUUAAAAUUAUUAUUUGUGAUGUUCAAAUAAUGGGAAAAUAUUUAUAUUUAAUUGUUCUAAAAGUCUCAUAUUUCUGUGUAUUCUUGUCAUUUGUUAUGUUCCUAAUGAAGUAAAAACUUGUAUUCUAAAAUUUAUUUUUGAAUACGCAUGAUUAGGAAUUGUCAAUUUUGCUUAUGCUUUUUUGCUAAUGAAAAUUUUUGUGCUUUAUUUAUUUUAAAUGAUAUUCUUAUAUAUAAUUAUAGGAUGUAUUUAAAAGCAAUUUUCUCCAAAUGUCUGAGCUUUCAGAACCUGUGUCAAAUGUUUGUCCCAAAUUGUAUAAUUAAAGGAUCAAAUAAAAUUCUUGCAAUUUACAUUCAGAAAA